UACUCCUACCACGAGUUGUCAGUACAGCUAAGUAAUACUAGUUACACGUUUGUUUAUGAUAAAAAGAUAAGGAAUAAACAAAGAAUAUCUGCCUUUUCUGGUGAGCAGGGCGGCGAUAAACCUUUACUAUAUCGUGAGGUAUCUUGGAUAUUCGUCAUUCAGUUAAAAGCUGCAAUGGAAUUCAUUAAAACACCAAAGGUGGAGAAUGUCCGCCUUAUUGAACAAAACACCCGUAAUUCAGUAGAGGGGACUCUCUAUCUCACUGCAUCCCAUUUGAUCUUCAUUGAUACCGCAUCUAAGCACGAAACAUGGCUCGUACACACACAUAUUCAAUACAUUGAUAAACCAAGCAUUGUUCAAGGGGGUUCGGCAUUAAAAUUAAGAUGUAAAACCUUUCAAGUUCUCAUCUUCCUCAUUUCACAAGAACGAGAUUGUCAUGAUUUGUAUUCAUCGUUGUUAAAGCUGUCAAAACCAGAAACCCUUGAGGAUUUAUACGCGUUCUCAUACAACCCACGAGCAGAGAAUCUUAAACAACAGGAGGGUUGGGACUUGUUUAGUUUGAACAAUGAUUUCUUACAAAUGGGGUUGCCCACGAGAUAUUGGAAAAUAUCAAGAAUAAAUAACGAGUUUGGUUUAUGCGAUACUUAUCCCAAGUUAGUUUGUGUUCCUUCCCUUGCGACUCCAGCCUUAAUGAUGGGAAGCGCGGCAUUCAGAAGCAAACGUAGAUUGCCUGUCAUGUCUUAUCUGCAUAAAAAUGAUGCUGUAAUUGUGAGAUGCAGUCAACCCAUGGCUGGUUUAAACUCACGAUCCAUUGAAGAUGAAGCUUAUGUUGAUUUGAUUCGAAGAUCAAAAACUAAAAGUUCAGACUUCAUGUACAUUGUAGAUACUAGACCAAUGAUAAAUGCUGUUGCGAACCGAGCACAAGGAAAAGGAUAUGAGAACACUGAUGUUUAUGAAAAUAUAAAAUAUCUUUUCCUUGGUAUUGAUAACAUUCAUGUUAUGCGAGCAAGUUUAAAUAAAUUACUUGAAGCAUGCGAAGACACGACGUGUAGCAUGUCCACUUGGUUGGAAGCUGUUAACAGCAGUGGUUGGUUGCGUCAUGUUCAUAAUGUAUUACAAGUUUCAAGGUUUAUUGCCCAGGCUGUGGGAGUGGAGGGACGGAGUGUGUUAGUGCAUUGUAGUGACGGAUGGGAUAGAACGGCUCAAACUUGUGCAUUGUCCUCUAUUAUGCUCAACGCACAUUACCGAACCAUAGAUGGAUUCCUGGCACUCAUACAGAAGGAAUGGCUCCACUUUGGACAUAAGUUUACUCACAGGUGUGGUCACAUAGAUGGAGAUGGGAGAGAAACCUCACCCGUGUUCACGCAAUUCAUAGACGCUGUGUGGCAACUCAUGCGUAUCUUCCCAUGUGACUUUCAAUUCAAUGAAACAUUAUUAUUCGAUCUUCACGAUCACGUGUAUUCGUGUCAGUUUGGAACUUUCUUAGGGAAUUGUGCAAAGGAGAGACAAGAGUACAGUUUAGCAGCACGUACUUACUCACUUUGGGGAUGGAUGAUGAAACGAACAAACACUUACAUCAACCCACUGUAUAAAGCAGCCAUGCAAAACACACAGGAUGAUCACUUGCUACUCCCACCAACCACCCCACACUUUGUGAGGUUCUGGGUGAAAAUGUACAACAGACACAACAGGGGGCUUCUACCAAGACAAAACCCCAUGCACAGUGUUGCCAACUUUAAAAAUAAAACUGAUGAACUAAAGAACAAGGUGUUGGAAUUAAAACGCCAAAAACGGCAACUGGAAACACAACUUGGCAUUGUUUCAGACCCUACACCAAUGGAACUUGUUAAAGCAGCGUCAACGCCACAGAUGCAUCAACACUUGAUUCCCUCCCCUCUCAAAGACGAGGAACGAACCACCAGCCAACCAGAUCUCAUCCAACUUAAGGAUCCACAACCAACUAUAAUGAACCAUACCCCACAACCAGAACCACCAAAACGUGAACCCUCCCCCACCAAACCGACGCAGCCCAUACAGCCCUCUACAGACCUUGCUGUGGUUUUUACUGCCGGGGAAUCACCUGAUGAAUUAGAACACUCUUUGGCAGUCUUGAUCGUGGACGAAGUCAAACAUGGAGAUCUUAUAUCUGACGCAACAAAGUUAGCUGAAUAAUUUAGAAGUUAUAGAUUUUAGCAGCAGAUCUGUAUAAUAGGUCUCAGGUACCGCACAAAUACAGCCUAAUGCACUGAGACGGUUAAUUUGAUAGGAAAUAUAUUCUGGAUAUACAAAAUAUAUGUGAAUGUGACCCCAUACCAACCUACUGAGGGUGGGGAAAGGUAGUAACAGACCAAGUGUUAAUGUGACACCUUCUAUGCUGUUCCACCUUGUUGCAAUAAUCCAUCUUAUACUUUGUAACCCAUAUGUUUAGCAUUUAAUACGAGACCAGUACUACAUGUCAAGUUGAACAUAUCUGUCUUGGGAAUUAAAACUAAUUUCUGGCAGACAUUCAAAGUGAUUUUUAUUCUUAUGUGAAGCAUACUUUACUACAUUAGUUGAUUCGUAACUUGUAUUAUAUACAAGUCUGUUAUUGGUAAAGGGAUUGUCGUUACUAAGUUACAAUUAUCAUGUAUAGAUGUAUUACAUAAUAGACACCCAAAACUGUUGGCAUCAUCAGUGCUUGUUAAAUACUGGGUAGACUUGGUGAAACAUCUGCUAUAUUAUAAUAGGUCUAUACUUGAUAACUGUAGAAAUUAUGAUUCAUAUAUUCCCUUAUGUAUGUUCAAACGCAUCGAUGUGCCAAAAUGGACAUGAUCUUAAAUGUAAAUUAUUGAUGGUUACAUAAGUUGCACUAUUAUUGAAUCAAAAUUAAUAUACAUAUAGGCGCCAAACUUUAUAAAUUGCAGGGGAUGCAGUGCUUGCUUUGCACAUUGUAUUUUUGGUUGUUUACUGAUCAAAAUUAAAAGUAUAAGUACCUGCUUCCUUGCUACCCCAUGUUUGGCGCUUAUGCAUGAUAAUAGCCAAUUCUAAUUCAUUUCAUUGAUUAAGUGCGAAUGCAAACAUAUGGUAUUAAGCUUCUAUUUAAACUGGUAUAGUGUAUGUUGUUUAUACCAUUUACUGGUUCAGUGUUCGUAAUUUAUCCGUAAUUCGCCAGUACACGCUUUGUUCUUUAUCAGACCAAAUUUCAAAUGAAAAAUGAUUGACAUCUUAAUGAACAGUGAUGAUAUUUCAACCAGCAUGAGGUUAUGAACAGCAUGCACUUUAACUAAUUUGUUUAAGUAGAAAAAACUUUAAAACUUUGCGAUGCAUUUUGUUCCAAUACAUGUAAUGUUACGCUGUUUUAGCAACAAGUGCAAUAAAUUUUGUCCUUGAAAAUUUAAA